CGCGUGCGGUGACGCCGGCCCGGAGUGAUGUCAGGAGCGGGCCCGGUGGCGGUGGGCGGGCCUUAAACCGGAGCGCCCGGCGCGGCUCGGCUCGGCGCCCGCCCCUGCUCCUCCGCGCCCGGCUCCGCGCCGCUCCGCCCCCGCCUCGGCGAGGAGCGCGGGCAGCCCGCCGGCGCCGCGGCCCCGCUGCAGUCCCGCUCCGGCAUGCCCCUCGCCGGAGGAGCACCGGCCGGUACGGGACCCCGCCGCUUCGAGCCCCGCUCCGCCGGGCUCCGCCGCUCGCUGCGCGCCGGCAUGAAGCGCCCGGCGCCGGGCAGCCGCCGCUGAGGAGCCGCGCGGCGGCAGCGGGACCCCCCCCGCGCCCCCCCCCCCCCCCCCCCGCCCCUCCAUGGGGCAGCGCCGCGGCUGCUGAGCCCCGCGCCGCCGCCCGCCGCCCCCUCCCCGCGCCGCGCCCCGCCGCGCCCCGCGGCCCCCGCCUCGCCCCGCCAUGGGGCCGCGGCACCUGCUGCUGCCGCUGCUCCUGCUCUCCCUGCAGCUCCUGGCCCUGCUGCUGGCCGCGCAGGCGGCCGGGCCCCCCCGCGCCAAGGGCAACCGGACCCAGGGGGCGGCGGCGCCGCGGCGGACCCCGAAACCGGGCAAGGAGCUCCUCAACCAGACGCUGGCGGGCCCGGGGGCUGCCGCCCCCACGGCGCUGCCCGGGCGCGGCAGGGGCGCGGGCGGCGGCAGGACGCCCCCCGGCGGCGGGGGCGGCGGCGGGGGCUCGGCCCCGGCGCACGAGACGUGCUGGGGGUACUACGACGUGAGCGGGCAGUGGGACAAGGAGUUCGAGUGCAACAACAGCCUUACGGGCUUCCGCUACUGCUGCGGCACCUGCUUCUACCGCUUCUGCUGCAACAAGCGCGCCGAGAAACUCAACCAGAGCCUGUGCCGCAACUACAAGAGCCCCGAGUGGGCCCACCCCACCACCGCCAGCGGCGCGCUGCCCGCCGACGGCAGCAACGGCGCCGACGGGGACGCCAACAAGUACGACCCGGACAAGGACAGCACCAACGCCACCGUCUACAUCUCGUGCGGGGCCAUCGCCUUCGUGCUCAUCGCCGGCGUCUUCGCCAAGGUGGCCUACGACAAGGCGCGGCGCCCGCCCCGGGAGAUGAACAUACACAGGGCUCUGGCUGACAUCUUAAGGCAGCAGGGACCAAUCCCAAUAGCACACUGUGAAAGAGAGACUAUCUCGGCCAUAGAUACCUCCCCCAAAGAAAACACCCCAGUCAGGACAUCUUCCAAAAACCAUUACACCCCUGUGCGCACCGCCAAAAGUAACCCAGGUCACUAUGGAAAGGAUAUUUAUCGAAGUGGAGGGCCAGAUCUCCAUAAUUUCAUCUCCUCCGGGUUUGUCACAUUAGGAAGAGGACACACGAAGGAUGACCAAGAACAAAAUUAUAAUCACCUGAUACUAAACAGUGCCACCCAGACACCUACACAUGACAAGCCGCGAAUGAACAACAUCCUUACUUCUGCCACUGAACCCUAUGACCUGUCCUUCUCCCGGUCCUUCCAGAACCUCUCUCACCUCCCACCAUCCUAUGAGUCUGCCGUCAAGACAAACCCAAGUAAAUAUUCUUCUCUGAAGAGACUAACUGACAAAGAGGCUGAUGAAUACUACAUGAGGAGGAGACACCUGCCUGACUUGGCAGCCCGCGGCACGCUCCCUAUCAACGUCAUCAAAAUGUCUCAGCAGACCAACCACAGGGACAGGCCUCGCCGUCCCAUCAGGGCCAUGUCCCAGGACAGAGUGCUCUCUCCUGAGAGGAUCAUGCCCGAGGAGUUUAGCAUGUCCUAUGAACGGAUCCUCUCAGAUGAGCAGCUUCUGUCUGCAGAGCGCCUCCACUCCCAAGACCCCCUGCUCUCCCCAGAGCGGUCGGGGUACCCCGAGCAGUCUAUGUCGCGGGCAUUGUCACACACAGAUGUCUUUGUAUCAACACCUGUCUUGGAUCGCUACAGGAUGACAAAAAUGCACUCCCAUCCUAGUGCCUCAAAUAACUUGUACAAUACCUUAGGUAUGAACCCAACCUCCGCCAAGCGCCAAGCAUUUGCCUCCCGACGGCACAACACGGUAGAACAACUGCAUUAUAUUCCAGGACACCACCAUCACUACCGCACAGCGAGCAAAACAGAAGUGACUGUUUGAUAUGACCUCGUGCAUUGUAGAUACUCAUUAAGAACUGGGGUGGCCACAGCACCCCGUACUGCAGUGGCCUUAUAGGCCAAGAUAACCUCUAAUAACUCAGUGUCUGAAAAGACUUCUCUGACAGUCCCCUCCACCUUAUUGUUUUUAAAGCCACCCUUUCAUCAGUGACAUAAGAAGAACUCAAGCAAGCGAACAGGCGAUAGAGAGGGAUAACAGAGGAAAUUUCCUGAUGUGCAUCAGUUUCUGUCAAAGAAAGCCAUAGUAGUAGAUGGCUCCUUCCAAGGGCUCACCUGCAUUAUCUCAUUGUUUUUAUGAAUUUAGGACUUCUCAGUUGCUACGAGUAGAAGCAGUCUUAUGCAGCCCAAGAUAGGGAGGAGGAAAUGCAGCACCCCAUCCUGGCGGGAAGGGGUCCUGUUCUCAGUCCUCAUGUCUGGCCUUUCUGUAGCAAGUAGGUAAGCUUCUGGCUGCUGGGAAUCACCUCCAGACUGCGCAAUGUCAGCCAGCACCCAUACAUCUGUUCUUCCUCACCCUUGGAGUGAAUUCAAGGGCAGACUUUCCUAGGGGACUGGCAGAUCUAGGGACAAGAAUAGACUGGCUGAGAAAUAAAGUUUUAGUUUAUAUUAAAUAUACUCAUAAGAUAAAAAUAUACUAGUGCCUACAAAUCGCCUGCUCUCUCAGUGUAGGAAGUAGUGGGGUUGAUGUGUUCAAUAAGCACAAAUAUGCUGAAAUGCUUGUUAGACCCUUUUCUCCACUCAUUCUAGUAUCUUGGUGUCUCCAGCAUGUAAAUAGGAAGGAGGAAUAGGAUUUCUCUUCCUCCAGCUUCUUGCCACUGCUGACCCUAAAGCACCAUAAUUCGUUCAGCUUCGCACUGCUGACCUGUGCUGGGGGAAGUCCUGACUCCACCGAGACUCCUGCAAGGCAAGGCUACCACAUAUUUCUCUGAGCCUGGAUUUCUCCCGUGAAGUUUCUUUUCCUGAUAGCAUUUUCCACUGGCCCAGUUCCCCUUUUUCUGAACAUAUUUUCUCCUAUCAGUUACAGCCUAGAGCUCCAUAUGUAGCAGAUCUUUUUCUAGCCCUUAGCAGAACCACAAAGCUGAGGGUGUCUGUCUACCGAAAAACAGGUCGGUAAUUUUCCAUGAUUUUCGCUCCAUGUAAUGGCCCCCAGGAAAACCUCCCAAAUUCCAGUUCCACUGAGUACAAUCCUAACCAUGAAGACAGUUACAUUUCACGCAUAUAAAUUAUAUAUCCAGCAUAAUUAUAAUAAAUGGGCAUGUUGUAUAUCUGAUAUAAUGCUAAUUAGAUACUGUAUAUUUGUAAAACCUUUAAAAUGUAGACUCGUGGGUCCAGAAUUUGUGAGAGUUUUAUCUUUGGCUUUCUAGCCAGAUUGGGCUUUGCCUUGUUUUCUCUUGGUUUUGGUUUGGGUUUUUUUCCCCUUGUAUUUCUGUUCCUAUCAAAUUCUGUAGAACUAACUCACACUAGAACAUACUUCUGCAGCCAGGAAAGGGUCUCAGAGGUUUUGAAGGCCAGCUAGACCCAGUGCUGUAACCGUUAGUGCUGGACACGCUCCAGCACUCACUGUCUGUGGUGUGCAAAGUCCCACCACAUGCACACACCCAUGCCGUGAAUCCGAACAGCAGGCGUGUUCCCUCCUCCAGGUGGAGUGACGACUGACUUCAGGCUGUAAACACGUUCCCAUACAGUACUUCUCUCUUCAUGGCCUACAUUCACGUACUGAGUCUUUUCCUACAUGUUUUUUCACUAAACAUUUAAAUUAGCUCUGCCCUUCUCCCUUUCCUCAAAUACCUCCCACCUCCUGGCCUUAAUUACGGUCCCAGCUCAACCCGUUGGUCCUGUAGCAUGCAAUGAUUGCAGGUUAUUGUGAGCUUGAGUCUUGUAUGGAGGCUUACGGUGCAACAUCAGUUUUUUCUGGUGCAGGGCAGGCAGGAGGAGCAUGCUGUCUUUAAAAGUAGGCCUCAGUGGGGUGGCCGUGUGGCCUUUCUCUUUCCCAGAUUGUCCUGGGGCUGCUUGUUCUAGUUCAUGAGCUUUCUUCUGCCCCACCUGAUGGAGACUGUGUUCGGAAAGGACUCCAUCUGUGAGAAGUGCAGGGGCUUUGUUUGACAGAAACUGAGCUGGGAAGGAUGAGACUCUGAUUUAGUCUCCAUGGUUCAGAUGGUCACUACCAUGCAGCCUUGGGCAAAAUAUAUCUGGGCAACAACCAGAACUGUCUGUGGAUCAGGGUGGCAGUUCAUGGCAUGGGAGGGAUGAGAGAGAAAAGGCUCACACCUCAUUUCCUGACCCCUUCCCUUGAUGGACACUUGUCUCCCCUGACUACCUCCAAGCACCUCAGCUCAGUCACUGGAUCUUUCUUCACAGAAGGCAAUCCCUGUGAAACUGUUGCGCUUGCUGGCCUUCCCACAGACUGGAGUUUGUGACCCUUGCGAAGAGAAGAGAAACGCACAUGGCUGAUGGGGAGGCGGUCCCUGCUGAGGUUCUGGGGCUCUUCCAUUCUCUCUUGGCCCAAGCAAAGCCAGGGUCUCCCCUCUACAAGGAGGGAGAUGUGAACACUGUGGGAGAGGAGAGUCUACCCUGGAGUCUCCAGGAGUUGAGGUGGCAGAGCUGGAGGAGCAGAGAUGACCAUGUGAGGCCAUGGCUGGGUGAACACUCCUCUCCUUCCACUUCUAUAGCUGUAUGUCUCAAGCUCUAGUCUUCAUCUAAAUGUUCCAUCAUGAAUGAAGAAGCUGCUGGACCAGACACAAAUAUGGAAAAUUUUCACUCAAGUAGCCCGUGCAGAUGCUGUGCUGUGUUCCAGGCCAUUUGACCUCCGAGCCUUCUCUUAUUCUGACUGACAAAUAUCAUAGGCCCUCUGCUAAAUUGUCAUACCUGGGCAAUAAUCCUCCAAAGAAAUCUUAGCCCCAUUUCCUCAUCUCUUCCAUCCAUUCAACUGUUUCAAGCAGAUGUGUCCCAAAAGAACAAUCAAAAAGACUUUCUAGGCCAAAUCCCUUCAGGGACUCUGCCACCUCCACAGAAAAUUUUCAGCAAAUUUCAUUGGGAAGGCACCAUGCCCUGGAUGACCACAAUUUGUCCCUACGCACCGUGUGUUCCUAUGACUUGCUUUGUGUGCUGGCAUCGGUUGGUAGCUACAGCAAUGGCACUUCAGCACACGCAGGUGUUCUUAGGUCAUUUUUCCUUAUUCCUCAAAGAGUUUGUCCCUGAAAGGACACUUGGUCCAGGACCGGGUGUCAUGAUCCACAGCCUGGUCCCCAGCACUUCGGUUCCCUGUGGUCAACAUGCGAUGAUAAUGGUAACCCUUUCCUGUUCCACAGAGGCAUUAUGAGGGUUCAUACCAUGAUGUCUAUGAAGUGCUUUGAGACCUUCUCACAAAGACACUGUAUAACAGCAAAGCAUUUUUAUCAAUAACAUUGUUUUCCAUCAUUGUCCUGCCACAUCACGCCUGAUGUGUUGCAAUCCAGUGUCUGUCCAGAAUGAGAGUGCUGGGGUGGGGGGAUGCAGCUCUCCAGAUACCCCAUUGCUCUCCAUCUGGUCAGGGUCCCUAGCAGGCAGCAGCUCUAAGGGGUGCUGUUACCUGCACUUUGACCUUUCUGCUUUCUUCUCCUCAUGUGUAAGUCACAACAUUCUGCACUCAGGAGAAAACCAGGAAGCAGUCCCAUUCCUCUGUACAGUAAAAUAUAAUCUGCCUUGAUUAAUUUAAUAUACUCUGAAGAAUUGAUCUGUCUUUUUGUCCAACCCACAGGUGGAAACACAUCUGUGGAGCGUCCAGUUCCCAGAGUGCAUGUGCAGGGACUGGGGGAGGGUGAUGUAGAAAAGUUUAAAUUAUUUCCUACAAACUGAUAAUUAUUUGCAUCCCCCAAGCAGUGACACACAAUAGUGAGCUGCACUGGAUUUUAUACAACUCUCUCAUUAAUACAGAUACAUGUAUGUAUAUGUAUAUAUGCAUAUAUAUACACACAUAUAUAUACACAAACACAUAUAUAUACACAUACAUACUGUAAAAUGCAGUCAUUAAGUUCUGACUGACCCUGCACUAAUCUAAGCUUCCAAACUAUAUCGAGUCACUCUUUGAAAUGUGGAAAACUAUUUUUAAUGAACCACACAGAUCACCACACGGAAUGGAAAUUUUGUCAUAAAAGUCUUCUAAUGCCAGUGAAUCAUGUUUUAAGGAAAAAUGAAAUAUUUUUCAAUGUUUUGAUGUUCCUUUUAUAAAUGAUGAUCUGUUACUU